AUGAGGACGUCAUCUCUAAUGACCCAUGCAGUCAUUUUGGCGCUGCUGCUCAGCCCGCCGUGGAGUACAGAUGCUGCAACCUUUCAAGGCGCUUUCCCACACCCAAACAAAUACAACCCGAAUGAAUCGGAGAGGUGUCAACAACCCCCCAUCAGUGGAUUCAUUUCCCGCGGGAAUGGUCCCACAACCACAACCGAUGAGGUGCUGGAGUCCAGUCAGGAGGCGCUGCACGUCACGGAGCGUCGGUACCUGCGGCUGGAUUGGUGCAAGACGCAGCCGCUCAAGCAGACCAUCCACGAGGAGGGAUGCCUGAAGCGCAUUAUCAUCAACCGGUUUUGCUACGGCCAGUGCAACUCCUUCUACAUCCCGCGGCAUAUCUACCAGGACGGAAACGCUUUUCAGUCCUGCUCCGCCUGCAAACCCAAAACCUUCAGCACCGUCACGUACACCCUCUUCUGCCCGGGACAGACGCCCAACACCAGGAAGAAACGGGUCCAGCGCGUAAAGCAGUGCCGCUGCACAACAAUAGAUACGGACUAG